AUGCCGCCAUCACCAUCCGCAGUACGAGCGGCAGCAAAGACCGCCGCCUCUGCCACCAGAGUCGCCGCCAGACAGGCAGCAAACCUCAGAGGGUCACCAUCAGCGGCAGCUGCAACAGGCCCAAAAGCCGGCUUACUUCCAAAAUGGAAAUACAUGAUCAUCUCCGUCAGCUUCGCCGCCGUGGUCAUCACAGGCACCGUCUACGGUGCCGGACUCAAGGCGCAACAGGAGUACAAAGCUGAGAAGAAGAAGGUGCAAGAGGCCACGCUAGAAGAGAAAGUGGCUCUGCUCGAGCAGCACAAGGCAGACCUGUUGAGGCAGAAGGCGAAGAUCGAGGCCAAGCUGGCCGAGGUCAGGGCGCGAAUCAAAGCCUCCCCCGAGGGCGGAGGCGGCGGGACUGUAGAUGGGAGCAGAUAG